CCUCGUGUAUUUCCGUGAAUGCAUUUGGAGCACGCGAACCUUCCUCGGUGAUUGAACAAAUUACAAAAAUCAACAUGGAGGAGGGUGACAAAAAUUUGGAGACCAAACUCGGAAACGAGAAAAAAUCUUACGCUGGAAUACCGGAGGCAGAUUUUGUGGAAGAUGUGGAUGCAUUCAUGGCAAAACCUGACAAUGAGGGAUCCGUGGACAAAGUAUUAAAAAAACUGGAUGAGCAGCACAGUAAAUACAAAUUCAUGGAAUAUAAUUUAUCAAAUAAACGCCGGAGGUUGAGAACUCAGAUACCCGAGUUGGAAAGGUCUCUAGAGAUGAUAGAGAAGCUUCAGGCAGAAAAGAACAACAGUCAAGAUUUAGAAACCCAGUUUUUGCUCUCGGAGCAAGUCUUUGCCAGGGCAACUGUUCCCCCGACAAACAAAGUCUGCCUUUGGCUCGGGGCUAAUGUGAUGCUAGAAUACACCUUGGAUGAUGCCCAAGAGCUACUAGUCAAAAACAUUGAGGCAGCAAAGAGGAAUCUCAGCUACCUUGAGCACGACCUCGACUUCUUACGCGACCAAUUUACCACCACCGAAGUUAAUAUGGCCAGAGUGUAUAAUUGGGAUGUUAAGCGUAGGCAGGCAAUGAAAUCUGCGUGAAUUCAACUCCUGCAAAACAAUAAUGCUCUUCAAGAUUGAUCCAGAUUGGUAAGAACAUAGUAAGAGAUUAUGCUGUCUCCAAGUGUGCACAAGGAAAGUUAAUGACACUUUCCUAAAAAUUCAGAACAAGUUUAGCUCAUAUUUUUAACCAAUCAUUAUUUUGUCGCUAGCAGUUUUACGCUGCAUGCUGAAUAUUGCUUUAAUGAAUUCAUCAUACGUAAAGAUCCACACGUCAACAAAUUUCAUGUAGAAUCAUUGCUAGAGUUCCAUUCAUUGUUUGUAUACUAAAAACAACAAACACAAGCCUACGGUAAAUAUAAUUUGUCGAUCACACUGCUAUCUGCACUUGUCAUUGUCGAUUUGAAACUUUGUUGUUCACCGUCUCUCGUUAAUCUUGGGUUUCGAGUUUUGAAUAUAUUAAAAAAACCCUCGAAUACUUUUCAACGCUCAUCUCGCCGAAACCGCUUAUUUCACUACCAGAAGACCGAAGAACUGUACUAUAUCUAAAUAAAAGGACAUUUGUUGUAUAAAAAAA